ACAAAUUAUCCAUAAAUAACAUGAUUAAUUGAAAGCUUCUUCCUUUCAAUUAAGUUUCUUCACUCUCCACUCGAUAACAUCAACUUCAUUCUACACAAUUAGAAAGAAAAAAUUAGACAUGUCUUCACAAUUAGAAUAUUAAAUAUAUCGAGAAAAUUAAUUAUAUGGGUGUGGGCGGGUACCCAUGGGUCGGGUUUACCUAAACCCAAACCCAACCCAACCCGAUGAAUAUUGAACGGGUUUAAACCCAAACCCGGCCCAAAACCCGUCAACACGGAUUUUACCCGCGUUGACCGGGUUGGGUCGGGCAGGUACCCGUGGGUUCGGGUUUUGUUGCCAUCCCUAGAGGAAGGUGAGGUAUGAAAUUUGAUAAUGUAAUGGGGUGUAUAACUUAUUGUUGUAUAGUUUUUUUGGGAAACACGUGAUAAAAAUAGUGAAUUUUAGCAAGAAAGAGACAUUAAUGAUGCAACAAAUCAAAAAUCGGCCUUAUGAACCAAAAUCAAGUACCUGUUACCUUGUGAAAUAAUAUUGUUUCUGGUAAUAUGAUGAGGUGGAGUAAGUUUUAUAGAAACUGAAUUCCAGAAAAUCGAAUAAAAAAUCGCCUAUCGCCGUUUUCAGGAAAUGAGCAUCUCACAAUCGUUGCCAGCUUUUACUCGGCCCGUUGGCCGAUUAAUUUGGUUUAUAAAACUUUCAUCUUGUCGUCAUUGUGCUUUCUGGUUUUUUUUCAGGCCAUGAUAAAAUCUAAGGAAAUCAAGAACGAACAACACGAUUUGGGAUAGGAACCGUCGUUUUCGUAUCCCUAGAAAAUGGUGGUAAACACGGACUCACCUGCCAAACCGGUUUGGAUUGAGAUUUUUAUCUGGUAUCAGGGAACCAUGUGAUUAUAAAUUAGACUUGAUCAAAAGGGGCCAAAACUUGAAAUGCAACCUGUUUGACCGACCCAUGCCAAAUUCUAAUUAUUCUUUACUUUUAAACUUUUUAUUUGAAAAUAAAAAAUAGUGAAAGAAAAGAGAUGACUGUCAUUUGCACAUCACUUAUUCGGGAAUAAAACCAUAGAAAUUCAAAAGGAACUGAAGCAAUAAAAAGAAGUAUUGUUUUUGCCUCUUCAUAUAUAUUUUAUCACCACGGAGAAAUAAAAGGGCUUAAUGAAAAAAUUGACACUCUUGAACUCGUUUAAAUCCGCAUGUGUACGGUAAGUUGGCUCGUUCCACAGAGGAAAGAGGAAAAAAUUGACACUCCCUAUUCUAUCAUUCCUACAAACGCUCCUGGAGCAGGAAAUUUGAAAUGGGGGAAGGAUUUUUUCCUCUCUGCUAUUAUAUCUUUUUAAUUUAAAAAGAUGCAACAAAUGUAUUUAGUGUGAUUGGUUAUGAUCCUUACUUUUCCUUAAAAUGGUCAUGGUUCGAAUUCCACUACGUGUCUUUUUAAUGAAUUAAAAAAAGUAAGUGUGAAGACCAAAAUGUUCUUCCUACUUUCACUCUCGUUGCAAAUUUGAAAUGGGGCUCCCGUUUUUUCCUUCGGUGUAUUAUAUUAUGUGUAGAGAUAACAAUAUCCCCAGCCGCCUCUACCUUACUUCCACUUGCUCUACUAAUUCGAUUAUUUUAUGUUUGGUGGAGUGAUAUUUGGAGUUUGUGGGCCGCCCGCGAAGCCAACAGGCAGGCUCAUAAGUCAUACCAUGGCCCAAUAUGUAGGGCUGCAAAUAAGUUAAGCCAUUUGCAAGUGGAAAAAAUUUGUUCUAUACUUGAUUUAUUAUUUAAAUUUAAUAAGAGCCAACUCGUUAGUAACGAGUCGAAUUUGAGCUAUAUCAUGUUCAGUUUGAUAAACUCAUGAGCUAGCCCGACACUAUGACUUGUUGAGCUAAUUUCGCGAGCUGAUUUAAUUUGUUUAGAGCUUGUGAAAGAAUUAAUUACUCUUCUUAACAUGAACACUAUCUUAUUAAUAAGGAUGUGUAUGGAAGUUAGUAAUAUUUUUAGUUUCUAGUACUGUUUUUAUAAUUUAAAUUCUUAUAUUUACACAUUUUUCAGCAUAAAUGAUUUCAAAUCGAUUUCAUAUUGAGCGAGCUUGCUCACAUCUUGACAAGCUCUGUUAAUGAGCAUUUACCUAGCUCUAUUAAGUAGAUCUAGAUUACUUUAAUGCAAGCUGAGCACAAGCUCGAGAUGUAUUAUCAAAACUAGAAUUGAAGCCGAGUUUGAACUGCAAAAUUUAAAAACGAAGAUAGCUCAAACUAAGCAAAAUCUCGAAUUGCAACCCUACCCAUAUGGAAUGUGGAUGGGAUACUGGAUAGACUACUAGUCUUUUCGAUAUACCUCUUCUGAAGGAUGAUAAUAGGGUUCAUAAAAAAUUAAAAAUAAAUGAUUUAUCGCAUUAUAUAGAUGUGUAGUCUAGACAUACACACUCCCUCAAAGCACACUGCUCUGAUCCAAGCUAGCUACUGUACAUUAGCAAAACCCCGAGAUUAUGGCGGUGGGUAUUGAUGAACCGGCGGCAGAGUUGCGCAGGAAGAGGGUGGAGUUUCAUCCUUCCGUUUGGAACGAUUUCUUUGCUCGCUCUAACAUCUCCACCAACGCUGCUGAUUCUCAGAAUUUGGAGGAAGCUCAGAAACUGACGGAAGAAGUCAGGGAGAUGCUCAGGAGAGCUGUUAGUAACGAUGAUGAGAAGAAGGCUACGAUUCUGGAAACGCUGGAGAUGAUUGACGCCGUCCAAAGGCUCGGCAUCGCUUAUCAUUUCGAAGAAGAGAUCGAAGCAGCUCUGCUUCGAAUCUCCGGUGCCGCCGCCGAUGGGUAUGUCGACGCCGACGGUGACUUGUACGCUGUUACCCUCCGAUUCCGGCUUCUCAGGCAGCAGGGCUACCACGUCAAUCCCACGCUCGCGUUGGCGAAAUUCAAAGACGAGAAAGGCUACUUCAGGAAAGAUGUGACCGGUGACGUGAAAGGACUGCUGAGCUUGUACGAAGCUGCUUACUACAGAGUCAACGAGGAACAAGUACUGGAUGAAGCACUCGUGUUCGCAAGAACUCACCUUGAGCCCAUUACCCAGCUAGAGGACUCGCCUUGGGCUAGCCAAGUGAGACACUCGUUGAAAUGGCCCAUACUCAAAGGGCUUCCCAUAAGAGAGUCGAGGCACUUCAUGUCGAUAUACCAACAAGACGAAAGGCACAACGAAGCCAUUCUGAAGCUAGGGAAGCUGGAUUUCAACUUGGUCCAGAAGUUGCAUCAGCACGAGCUUAACAUUCUCACCAAGUGGUGGAUGGAUUUGGACACGCCAACUACACUACCAUUUGCGCGGGACAGGGUGAUAGAGUGCUACAUGUGGCCGUUGGGUGGAUUUGUGAGGCCUGAUUAUAUCAGUGGAAGAAUUUUUGUCACGAAAAUUACCGCACUUGUCUCCACCUUAGAUGACAUUUUCGAUGUCCAUGGCACCAUCGAUGAACUUGAGAGCAUUACCAAAGUCAUCGAGAGGUGGGAAAUUACAGAUGAAGACGUGCUCCCUAGCUAUUUCAAGUUCUGGUUCAAGACAUUGCUUGAGGUGUUUGCUGAAAUUGAAGCUCAUGUGUCCAAGGAAGGCAGGUCCUUUUGUAUGGAGUAUGCAAGGGAAGCAGUGAAACAUAUAGUGAGAGCUUUCAUCAAGGAAGCCAGAUGGUACAACAAAGGUUAUGUAGCAACAAUGGAGGAACAUUUGCCUAAUGGUUAUGUGAGCAUUGGGUAUCCACUGGCUAUUACAGUGGUUUAUUGUGGAAUGGGAGAAAUUGCUUCCAAAGAGGUCUUCCAAUGGUUGUUCAGUCAACCCAACCCUAAAAUCCUUGCUGCUGGUUCUAGCAUCGCCAGGCUCAUGGAUGACAUAGUCUCCCACGAGUUUGAGCAAGAAAGGGGACAUGUGGCUUCGUCUGUAGAGUGUUACACGAAGCAAUACCGCGUGUCAAAGCAAGAGGCGUACGCGGGGUUGAACAAUUUGGUGGAGAAAAUGUGGAAAGACAUGAACGAAGAUCUGAUGCUGCCUUUGAAAGCUCCAUUACCGUUUCUGAUGACCAUAGUAAAUAUGGUGCGAGUCAUGGACCUGUUGUAUAAGGAUGAAGACACUUACACGCAUGCCAAGACCUUCAUGAAAGAAUUGCUCACCAACAUUCUCGUGGAUCCUGUGCCUAUAUAACCCAACUAUUCUUGUUGCCGAUAAGAUCUUUGGGCAGUUCACUGCGUGGAAUGUGUAUUUUAGUAUAUCUUUGUGUUACUUUUGUGUUCUGGACUCAGGGUCCAUCAAUUAAGCAUUGUCAAAUAAAUAUGUCAACAUCAAUAUAACAUUGUCUAAACUAUUACUUCGCGAUGAACUUAUGGCUAUUAUUAAGCGUUUUCAUUUUCCUACUUUUUAAAUUGGUUUUUAUCUUCUUUGUUUUUUAACUUGGAUUUCAUAAAAAUUUGCACCGAUGAAGCGAGUUCGUUGUGAACUUAAAAUUUAUAUCCAUUUUCAAUAUAGUUCGAGAAAUUUUUUUCCGCACUAGCCAUACCACACGUUACCACCUUGAUAACCCACUAUGUACCACCUUCGUUUUUCACUCAAUAUUUUUAAAUAUUUUAUCGUAAGGAACAACUUCAAUAUUGUGAUCAAAUAUCCGGGGAAAUUUUUUUCAAGACCAUAUAUACCAUCCUAUACCACCUUGGUAAUGGUAUGUGGUGUUAACUAGUGGUAGAUGGUGAUGAAAGGUAGUAAAUGACAAUUAAUAUAUUACUACUAUCCUAUAUAUAACUAUUUUACAAUAUGAUAUGUUAAUACCACCAUGAUACACUUAUAUAGCAUAUAGUAUAAUCUUAUUUACUACAAAAAAUUACCAUCAUGGUAUGAAAUCGUAAUACAUGUCACAAUUUUUUUUUGUUUUAAAAUAUAUCAAAAUCGAUGUCAUUUUGAAGCGCGAACUUAAUUUGAUUUUUCUAUGAAUUUUUUUCAAUUACGACACAAAAUGAAAGAGAUAACUCAUUAAAAUUAAUUUGGAAAAAAGUUUGUUGCCUUUCAUAAAUAUUAAAUAUUAAGUAUAGGUUUAUGCAUAGUAAUUAAUAGGUAAGUUAUGCACAACAUCCAUUCCCGUAUUAUAGGAAAAAGUGAGAUCAUCAAUAAAAACUUAAGUUAUAAGAAUUGACCGUAAUUGUGAAAGAGUUUUGUUUCUUUUAUGGUUGUUGACCUACACAUUCAACUCUCUUUUCCAUUCCGUACCUUAAACGAAUGACGAUAUGAGAACUAAAUUCGGACGAUUAUGUGAUUUGAGAAAUCAAAAUUUUAUUGUUUGAACUGAAAACUUCUACGUUCAUCUUGUGAGUGCGGCCGGAAAUUUUUUUUUAUGAACUAAUACGUAGAAUAAAAGAUAAAUUACAAU